GCUCGCUCGUUCCAUUCCGCUCAGAACCGCUCGAGCUUCGAUACGACUUUCGUCGGAGGGGCCCGACCGUCGACGAGGAACCGGAGGAUCCAGCCACCCCGAAGGGCUGAUACGACCCCUCUCGUUCGAUCCAACUCGAUCCCGUAAAUCAAAUUCGAAGAGUGUGUGCAACGUGUACGCGAAGUGAAGAAAAGUUUCUUUUUCUAUACGAGGUGAAUUUCAAAUCCAGUUCGUUUCCUUCGACACGAUUUUUUUUUUCCGGUCACAAGAUAGUGAAGCAAAGAAGUGACUGAGAAAUCGUGAAGUUCGAAGGGUCUGUCGAGGGCGCGAGGCAACCACCAGCAAGUAGUAGUGGUUGAUCAUUGCUGCACCACCGGAGGUUAGGAAGUCGUCGGCACCCCGUGGUCGUCGUCGUCGUCGUCGUCGUCGUCGUCGUAGUUGUGCUCGUGGUUUUGCACGGGGCUAACAGUGUCACCGGAGGGAGAAACAUGUUGAAUCGUGACUGUGUGUGACCAUCUGCGACCCCAUUGACUACGAGAAUAGGGGCAAAGAUCAGAAGAGAAAAUUGCAAGAGGAAGGUGGUGAACGAGCUCGUCGAGGUUACGUGAAAACGUACCGACGGCAUGGCUGACAGUGAGGGUGGAUCCGAGCAGGAUGACGUAUCAUUCCUUCGCACGGAGGAUAUGGUGUGUCUAUCCUGCACAGCAACUGGUGAAAGAGUUUGCCUCGCAGCCGAGGGUUUUGGUAAUCGACACUGCUUUCUCGAAAACAUCGCAGACAAGAAUAUUCCACCGGAUCUGUCGCAAUGCGUAUUCGUAAUAGAACAGGCUCUCUCGGUGAGAGCUUUGCAAGAAUUGGUUACUGCUGCUGGUUCCGAGACGCAGCAAGAAAAUGUAGGAAAGGGCACUGGAUCCGGGCACAGAACGUUGUUAUACGGUAACGCUAUUCUGUUGAGGCAUCAGAAUAGCGAUAUGUAUUUGGCUUGUUUAUCGACCAGCUCUUCCAACGACAAGUUGGCUUUCGACGUGGGUCUACAACAGCAUUCUCAAGGGGAGGCUUGUUGGUGGACGGUGCAUCCGGCAUCGAAACAGAGAUCCGAGGGUGAGAAGGUUCGAGUCGGUGAUGAUCUUAUUUUAGUGUCAGUAGCUACUGAAAGAUAUUUGCACACCACGAAAGAGAACGAUUUAUCGGUGGUGAACGCCUCGUUUCACGUGACACAUUGGUCGGUUCAACCUUACGGUACUGGAAUUAGUCGAAUGAAAUAUGUUGGUUACGUGUUCGGUGGUGAUGUGCUGCGAUUUUUCCACGGCGGCGACGAAUGCCUCACAAUACCGUCUACGUGGAGUACGGCGCCAAGUCAAAAUAUAGUGAUCUACGAGGGUGGCAGUGUAAUGAGUCAGGCACGAUCAUUAUGGAGGCUGGAAUUAGCUAGAACGAAAUGGGCAGGUGGAUUCAUCAAUUGGUUGCAUCCGAUGAGGAUCAGACACUUGACCACGGGACGUUACCUUGGGGUGAAAGAAAACAAUGAACUCUACCUGGUCGAUAGGAACGAGGGGACGAUAGAGACGUCGACGUUUUGGUUACGACAAGAAAAAGAUGACCAGAAGAUCAUUCUCGAGGACAAGGAUCUCGAAGUUAUCGGUAUGCCGAUUAUCAAAUACGGUGACUCGACUGUUAUUAUGCAACAUGCCACUACUUGUCUCUGGGUCUCGUACAAGUCGUACGAGACGAAGAAAAAGGGCGUGGGUAAAGUAGAAGAGAAACAAGCGGUCCUGCACGAGGAAGGAAAAAUGGACGACGGUUUGGACUUCUCUCGUUCUCAAGAGGAAGAAUCUCGUACGGCUCGUGUCAUCCGAAAGUGUAGCAGCUUGUUCACUCAGUUUAUCACAGGCCUAGAGACGCUGCAAGUAGAUAGAAGAGCGUCUAUGUUCUUCCAAAAUGUGAAUCUGAACGAAAUGGUGAUGUGUCUGGAAGACUUGAUUAAUUAUUUUGCUCAGCCUGAAGACGACAUGGAACACGAGGAAAAACAAAACAGAUUCCGUGCUCUGAGAAAUCGUCAGGAUCUGUUCCAAGAGGAAGGCAUACUGAAUCUGAUCCUGGAGGCCAUCGACAAGAUUAACGUCAUCACGUCGCAAGGUUUUCUGGUGGCGCUUUCGGGGGACGAGAGCGGUCAAGCAUGGGACCAAAUAUCCGGAUACUUGUAUCAAUUAUUGGCAGCUAUCAUCAAAGGAAACCACACCAACUGCGCGCAAUUCGCUAACAGCAAUCGACUGAACUGGCUGUUUAGUCGAUUGGGCUCGCAAGCUUCCAGCGAGGGCACCGGAAUGUUGGAUGUGCUUCACUGUGUGCUUAUCGAUUCGCCUGAAGCUUUAAACAUGAUGAGAGACGAACACAUUAAAGUCAUCAUCUCCUUGCUUGAGAAACACGGGAGGGACCCAAAAGUCUUGGACGUCCUCUGCUCACUUUGCGUGGGUAAUGGCGUGGCAGUUCGUUCGUCGCAAAACAACAUCUGUGAUUUCUUGCUACCUGGGAAGAAUCUUCUGCUUCAAACACAGCUGGUCGAUCACGUCGCCAGUAUCAGGCCGAAUAUAUUCGUCGGUAGAGUCGAAGGUUCGGCCCUUUAUCAGAAAUGGUACUUCGAAGUUACCGUCGAUCACAUCGAGCAAACGACACACAUGAUGCCUCACUUGAGGAUCGGUUGGGCGAACACUGCGGGGUACAUGCCAUACCCCGGUGGUGGUGAGAAAUGGGGAGGAAACGGCGUUGGCGACGACCUCUAUUCGUUCGGUUUCGACGGUGGGUUUUUGUGGACAGGUGGCAGAAGGACCCAAGUGGUCCAGGAGGCCAAUGAACCGUACAUCAGAAAGAGCGACGUGAUCGGUUGUGCGUUAGAUUUGACAGUACCCAUCAUAACUUUUACUUUCAACGGUGCACCCAUCAUGGGAUCCUUCAGAAACUUCAACCUGGAUGGCAUGUUCUUCCCUGCGAUCAGCUGUUCUUCGAAAUUGUCCUGCAGAUUCCUUUUAGGUGGUGAUCACGGUCGACUCAAGUUUCAACCACCUGAAGAAUUCUCACCCUUGGUAGAAAGCCUGCUACCUCAUCAGAUUUUGUCUCUAGACCCCUGCUUCUACUUUGGCAACAUGAACAAGGUGGUGUUAGCUGGACCAUGGCUGGUCGAAGAUGACACUGCUUUUGUUCCUGCGCCCGUUGACACAUCGAUGAUCAAUCUACCAUCUUACGUUGAACAAAUCAGGGACAAAUUAGCUGAGAACAUUCAUGAAAUGUGGGCGAUGAACAAGAUCGAGGCUGGCUGGAUCUACGGUGAACACAGAGACGAUAUGAGGAAGAUUCAUCCGUGUAUCGUUCAGUUCGAACGACUGCCAGCUGCAGAGAAACGUUACGACACUCAGCUGGCUGUGCAGACGUUGAAAACUAUUUUGGCACUCGGUUAUUACAUCACCAUGGACAAACCACCGUCUAGAAUCAAAACCUUGAGGCUGCCUAACGAACCGUUCCUACAGAGCAGUGGAUACAAACCGGCGCCUCUCGAUCUUAGCGCCAUCACACUCACCCCCAAGAUGGAGGAGCUCGUGGAUCAAUUGGCAGAGAACACUCACAAUUUGUGGGCUAAGGAGAGGAUAAGUCAAGGUUGGACCUAUGGACUGAACGAGGAUUCCGAGAUGAGACGAAGUCCCCAUUUGGUACCUUAUCCAAAGGUUGAUGAAGCUAUCAAGAAAGCUAAUCGUGACACAGCAAGCGAAACAGUGAGGACACUAUUGGUGUAUGGGUAUAUGUUGGAGCCCCCAACUGGAGAACAACACGAAGCUUUACUACUGGAGGCGAGCAGGCUACGACAAUUAUACUUCAGGACUUAUCGCGUUGAGAAACAUUACGCAGUCAGCAGUGGAAAAUGGUACUUCGAAUUCGAGGUACUCACUGCUGGUCCCAUGCGAGUUGGAUGGGCGAAAGCGGAUUGUAUGCCCGGAAGUAUGCUGGGAAGCGACGAGAGCACAUGGGCAUUCGAUGGUUACAACGAGGAAAAAGUAUACUCGGGCACAGCCGAGACAUUUGGCAAACAAUGGCAGGUUGGAGACGUUGUCGGGGUUUUCCUGGAUCUAAUUGACCGAACGAUUAGCUUUUCUCUGAAUGGAGAAUUGUUAAUGGAUGCACUCGGUGGCGAAACAUCGUUCGCGGACGUGCAAGGGGACUCUUUUGUCCCAGCUUUCACACUUGGUGUCGGACAGAGGGCAAAGUUAACUUUUGGUCAGGAUGUGAACACCCUGAAGUUCUUUACGACCUGCGGUUUGCAAGAAGGAUACGAGCCAUUUUGCGUGAAUAUGAAUCGACCGGUUACCUACUGGUACACGAAGGAUCAACCGAUCUUCGAGAACACAGACGACAUGGCUGACACCAGGAUAGAUGUAGCCCGAAUUCCAGCUGGUUCUGACACUCCGCCGUGCUUAAAGAUCUCCCAUAACACGUUUGAAACCAUGGAGAAAGCGAACUGGGAAUUUCUACGGUUAUCCUUGCCAGUUAUCUGCCAAUCGACCUUCGUCUCCGAAAGCGAAAAGUUACGAAGAUGGCAGGAAAUUAAAAUGCGACAGAACAGAUUAUUGUCUGAACAGGUGGAACAAUCGCAACAAGCCGCACCUUCUGCCCACAUGGAGCAGAUCAUGAGAUCUGGUUUCAGUAUGAGCGACAUCAAAGGAUUACAGAGGAACUACUCGGAGGAUGCGGUCGAGGCUGAUGAAAUGAUGAAGGAAUCACCGCUUCCAAUGCAAAGGAACAAACCUGCGAGACCACCCAGAAAAGGAUCUGUUUAUGGAUCACGGCAAGGAAACAUGGAGAACGCCAUCAGCGAAGUCGAUAUGAAUGGAUAUGGCGACAUGAACGGCGACGUGAAGGAUGACAAGAAGAAACGAGGGCGUUCGCCAUUCCGCAAAGACACAGAGGAUGCCUCGUUCUUCUCGCGUAAAGCGAAGUCUCCGGAUGCGAAAGCGAAAACGCCCGAACCACCUGUACGAUCCGACGUGUCCGACAAAAGCACCAAGACCUUACCGAUGAACAAAGCAAGUAGUCGGCCUCCCCAAGUUCGCAUAUCAAAUACGGAUUUGAAGGUAGUGCCACCACAGAUCCCAGAACGCAACGCACCAAAAGCAAUGUCGGUUCUCAGUGGAUCCGGGGUCGAGUCGAUCGGAAACGAAAUAUACGACGCGGAAUGCUUAAAACUGAUGAACGAAUACUUCUACGGAGUGAGGAUUUUUCCUGGACAGGAUCCAACUCACGUAUACGUUGGUUGGGUCACUUCUCAGUAUCAUUUGCACACGAAGGACUUUAAUUUGUCCCGCGUGAGAAAGGGCUCUGUCGUUAUCACCGACGAUUAUGAACGUCCAGUAGAACAGGUCGAUAGACAGAGUUGCUACAUGGUGAGAGCAGACGAGCUAUAUAACGAGGUAACGCAGGACGCAUCCGGCAAAGGUGCGUCUCAAGGAAUGUUCGUGGGUUGUUUCGUGGACACAGCGACAGGCUGGGUCUCCUUCACCUGCGAGGGCAAGGAAACCAGCCACAAAUUCCGGAUGGAACCCGACACGAAAUUGUUCCCUGCUAUCUUCGUUGAAGCUACCAGCAAGGAAAUCCUUCAGAUCGAACUAGGAAGAACUUCCACGACCUUACCACUGUCUGCUGCGGUGUUACAAAAUUCAGAACGCCAUGUAAUACCACAAUUUCCACCUAGAUUGAAGGUGCAAUGUCUGAAGCCUCAUCAAUGGGCUAGAGUACCCAAUCAGUCGCUCCAAGUACACGCCUUGAAAUUGUCAGAUAUCAGAGGUUGGUCGAUGUUGUGCGAAGAUGCGAUAUCAAUGCUAGCUUUGCACAUUCCUGAAGAGGACAGGUGUAUAGAUAUCUUGGAACUCAUAGAAAUGGACAAACUGCUCAGCUUCCACGCCCACACUUUGACACUGUACGCGGCCCUCUGUUAUCAGUCAAAUUAUAGAGCAGCCCACGCUCUAUGUCAACACGUCGAUCAAAAACAAUUACUAUACGCAAUUCGAGCGGAAUACAUGUCCGGGCCCCUACGACAAGGAUUCUACGAUUUGCUAAUCGCUUUGCAUCUCGAAUCACACGCGACCACGAUGGAAGUGUGCAAGAACGAAUACAUUAUUCCUUUAGGUCAAGAGCUGAAGGACUUGUACGAAGACGAAGAAAUGAAGCACAGCCUCAGGUACCUGGAAACCGAGUCCGUUCGUCCUCAAAUGAAAAUGACGGAUAUCAGGGAAAUUCCUUCUAGCGAUCAAACGAUCGAGAACAUAAGGAGCCUCUACAGCCCUCAUUUCCCCUUGGACGUCGUGAGGGAUUACGUGAUGAUGGCCUUGAACGAGGCCGUCGAAGUGAAUCAAGUUCACAACCGAGAUCCUAUCGGUGGCAGCAACGAGAAUCUAUUCCUGCCACUUUUGAAGCUCGUCGAUAGGUUACUCUUGGUGGGUAUGCUGAGGAACGAGGAUAUCAUGAAGCUUUUAAUCAUGAUUCAUCCUGAAACGUGGGACCCGACGUUUGACAAAGAAGGUAAAGACGAACACAAGAAGGGAUUGCUACAUAUGAAGAUGGCAGAGGGAGCGAAGUUACAGAUGUGCUAUCUUCUUCAUCAUCUGAACGACAUCCAGCUUCGUCAUCGCGUCGAAUCGAUAAUCGGCUUCAGCCACGACUUCGUCGGCGAUCUGCAGUCCGAUCAACUUCGUCGUUACAUCGAGAUCAAACAAUCUGAUCUGCCAUCGGCUGUGGCGGCGAAGAAGACCAGAGAAUUCAGGUGUCCGCCUCGCGAGCAGAUGAACGCGAUUUUAAGCUUCAAAAACAUGGAAUCCGCGGACGAUCCUGACAACAUUCCUUGCGGAGAGGAUCUGAUAAACCGAAUGAACGAGUUCCAUAACAAUCUCAUGUCUUACGUAUCUCUGCACGCUCUUCAGGAGGCGGCCGAUGCUGAGAACGAGCCUAUAGAAGAAGUUCAGAAACCUGGCGCCAUAAAGAGGCUGUUCAACUUCAUUAACGCGGUGAAAGAACUCGAAGAGGAACCCAAACCGGAACCGGAACCACAGAGAAAAACUCCAGAAGAGGUGUUCCGUAAGGUGCUGAUAAAAACAAUCGUCAACUGGGCUGAAGAAUCACAAAUCGAGACACCAAAGUUGGUUCGAGAGAUGUUUAGCCUCUUAGUUCGUCAAUAUGACACCGUUGGCGAGCUAAUUAGAGCCUUAGAAAAAACUUAUGUGAUUAACAGUAAGACAAGGGACGAUGUCGCCCUGAUGUGGGUCGGUUUGAGCCAGAUUCGUGCUUUACUACCCGUGCAAAUGUCUCAAGAAGAGGAGGAACUAGUCAGAGAACGACUCUGGAAGCUGGUGAACAAUCACACGUUCUUCCAGCAUCCAGAUUUAAUCAGAGUCCUAAGAAUUCACGAAAAUGUGAUGGCGAUCAUGAUGAACACCUUAGGUAGACGAGCACAGGCACAAUCUGACGCUCAAACUCAGCCUCAAACAACUGAAGGCGAACCAGCUUCGAAAGAAAAGGAUACAUCUCACGAGAUGGUUGUAGCCUGCUGUAGAUUCCUGUGCUACUUCUGUCGUACAUCCAGACAGAAUCAGAAGGCCAUGUUCGAUCACUUCGACUUCCUACUGGAAAACAGUAACAUCUUGUUGUCAAGACCAUCUUUGAGGGGCUCGACGCCAUUGGACGUGGCUUAUUCGUCUCUUAUGGAGAACACAGAACUAGCUUUGGCUCUCAGAGAACACUAUCUCGAAAAGAUUGCCAUCUAUCUGUCUCGUUGUGGUUUGCAAUCGAAUUCUGAACUGGUGGAGAAAGGUUAUCCUGAUCUGGGAUGGGAUCCAGUGGAAGGUGAACGAUACUUGGACUUUUUGAGAUUCUGCGUGUGGGUGAACGGUGAAAGUGUGGAAGAAAAUGCCAACCUGGUGAUACGUUUGCUGAUCAGAAGACCGGAAUGUUUGGGACCUGCACUUCGGGGCGAAGGUGAAGGGUUGUUGAGGGCCAUUAUAGACGCCAAUAAAAUGUCUGAACGCAUCGCUGACCGACGACAAGUACACGACGAAGCCGAGGGCACAGCGAGCGUGAUGCAAUUCGAGCAUCCCCUUCCGGAAUCAGACGACGACGAAGACUACAUAGACACAGGAGCUGCGAUCCUGAACUUUUAUUGUACUUUGGUCGAUCUCUUAGGCCGUUGCGCUCCAGAUUCUUCUGUUAUCGAACAAGAGGCUUCUACAGAAUCCGUUGGGAAGAACGAGUCUCUACGAGCGAGGGCCAUUUUACGAUCCCUGGUACCAUUGGAUGAUCUACAGGGUGUUUUAUCGUUGAGAUUCACUCUGUUGAACCCAGCAGCUGGUGAAGAGAAACCAAAAAGCGAUAUGCCAUCGGGUUUAAUCCCGGGGCACAAGCAAAGCGUCGUACUGUUUCUGGAACGCGUUUAUGGCAUCGAAACGAGGGAGCUGUUCUUCAAGAUACUCGAGGAAGCUUUCUUGCCCGAUCUUAGAGCUGCCACCAUGCUCGAUAGAAACGAUGGCUACGAGUCUGACAUGGCAUUGGCGAUGAACCGUUACAUUGGAAACAGUAUUCUACCUCUACUGAUCAAGCAUUCCAAGUUUUAUAACGAGGCAGAUAAUUACGCUAGCCUCCUUGAUGCCACACUGCACACUGUCUACAGAUUGAGCAAGAACAGGAUGCUGACGAAAGGUCAACGUGAAGCCGUAUCGGACUUCCUCGUGGCAUUGACCAGCCAAAUGCAACCAAGCAUGCUGUUGAAACUGCUUCGAAAGUUGACCGUAGACGUGUCCAAACUGUCUGAAUACACGACCGUCGCUCUCAGAUUGUUGACCCUGCACUACGAUCGGUGCGCUAAAUAUUAUGGGUCAACCGGUGGACAAGGAGCAUACGGUGCAUCGAGCGACGAAGAGAAACGUCUAACCAUGGUGCUCUUCAGCAACAUAUUCGACUCGUUGUCCAAGAUGGAUUACGAUCCAGAAUUAUUCGGGAAAGCCUUACCUUGUCUCACAGCCAUCGGUUGUGCCCUGCCACCUGAUUACUCGUUGUCCAAAAACUAUGACGACGAAUGGUACGGAAGUAAAUCAGCAUCCACGCAGUCGCCUGAUGGUCCUUACAAUCCUCAGCCAAUCAACACCUCGAGUGUGGUCCUCAACAACGAUCUAAAUCAGAUAGUACAAAAGUUCUCGGAACAUUAUCACGAUGCUUGGGCCAGUCGUAAACAAGAGAAUGGUUGGACUUAUGGGGAACAAUGGUCUGAAAUCAAUAAGACUCACCCAAGAUUGAAACCUUAUAACAUGCUGAACGAUUAUGAGAGAGAACGUUAUAAGGAACCGGUUAGAGAGAGUUUGAAAGCAUUGUUGGCUAUAGGAUGGAGCGUCGAACACGCGGAAGUGGAUGUAUCUUCAACGAAUCGUAGUUCCAUGAGGAGAUCAUCGAAAAGUCAGGUUGUUGCCACAAUGUUUCAGAGUGAUUCGGGAAAUCCGUUCAACUACAAUCCUCAUCCGGUGGACAUGACCAACCUGACGCUCAGCAGAGAAAUGCAGAACAUGGCCGAACGUCUGGCGGACAAUGCACAUGAUAUAUGGGCGAAGAAGAAGAAGGAAGAGCUCAUAACUUGUGGUGGCGGCAUUCAUCCUCAAUUGGUACCAUACGAUUUGCUGACUGACAAGGAGAAACGAAAGGACCGGGAACGUUCUCAGGAAUUCCUCAAGUAUCUACAGUAUCAAGGUUACAAGCUCCACAAGCCGAAUCGAGGAGGAGAGUCUGAAGUUGCCACAGCUGGGGCGUCAGUGGAAUUACGGUUCGCCUAUUCGUUACUGGAGAAACUGAUAGCCUACUUGGACAAGGCUACCAUCAACAUGAAGCUGUUGAAACCGUCCGACACGUUCAGCCGAAGGAACAGCUUCAAGACGUCCACGCGAGACAUCAAGUUCUUCAGCAAAGUCGUGCUACCGUUGAUGGAGAAGUACUUCAGCACGCACAGGAAUUACUUCAUCGCCGUGGCCACAGCCACGAACAACGUCGGAGCUGCGUCGUUGAAGGAGAAGGAAAUGGUAGCAGCUCUGUUCUGCAAAUUGGCUAGUCUCUUGAGAUCCAGGUUGGCCGCUUUCGGACCAGACGUCAGGAUCACCGUCAGAUGUCUUCAAGUCUUGGUCAAGGGCAUAGACGCGAAGAGUUUGGUAAAGAAUUGUCCCGAGUUCAUCAGAACCUCUAUGCUGACCUUCUUCAACAACACCGCGGACGAUCUGGGACACACGAUCCUGAAUCUUCAAGAAGGAAAAUACAGCCAUCUGAGAGGUACCCAUUUGAAAACUUCGACGUCCUUGUCGUACAUCAACAGCGUCGUUCUACCAGUACUCACAGCCAUGUUUGAUCAUCUGGCUGCUUGCGAAUAUGGCAGUGACUUGUUGCUGGACGAAAUUCAAGUGGCAUCGUACAAGAUGCUGGCGUCUCUGUACACUCUCGGUGUAGACUCUUCCCUGACGCACGACAGGAAGUACUUGAAGACAGAGAUCGAACGUAACAAGCCUAACUUAGGCUCUUGUCUGGGUGCUUUCUCCAGCUGCUUCCCAGUGGCCUUUCUGGAGCCUCAUUUGAACAAACACAAUCAGUUUUCUCUUCUAAAUCGAAUCGCUGAUCAUUCCUUGGAGGCGCAGGACAUCAUGACGAAGAUGGAGUCGAGCAUGCCCACCCUGGAGACGAUUCUAACAGAGGUCGACCAGUUUGUGGAAUCCGACAAAACCUAUAACGAUCUUCCUCACGUAGUUGACGUGAUUCUUCCUCUACUUUGCUCUUACUUGCCCUUCUGGUGGGCUCAAGGUCCAGACAACGUAAAUCCAACCGAGGGAACUUACGUUAGCAUGGUCACUAGCGAUCACAUGAACCAGCUAUUGAAAAAUGUUCUCAAAUUGAUCAAGAAGAACAUCGGCAACGAGAAUGCUCCCUGGAUGACUCGUAUCGCUGCCUACACCCAACAGAUCAUCAUCAACUCUUCGGAAGAGUUACUGAAAGAUCCUUUCUUGCCACUUGCUGAACGAGUUAGAAAACGUACGGAUAAUAUGUUCCACAAAGAAGAGUCCCUUCGUGGUUUCAUCAAAUCGUCGACCGAUGACACGUCACAAGUUGAAGCACAGAUUCAAGAGGACUGGCAACUUCUGGUUCGCGAUAUAUACUCGUUCUAUCCUCUGUUGAUCAAGUACGUUGAUCUGCAGAGGAAUCAUUGGCUCAGAAACAACAUUCCUGAAGCGGAGGAUCUUUACAACCACGUGGCCGCGAUAUUUAACAUCUGGUCUAAAUCGCAGUACUUUUUGCGCGAGGAACAGAAUUUCAUAUCAGCGAACGAGAUUGAUAACAUGGUGCUGAUCAUGCCUACAGCGACUAGGAGACCUACUACCAUUUCGGAUGGAACCGCACCUUCUGGUGGAGGCAAGAAAAAGAAGAAACAUCGCGACAAGAAGAGGGACAAAGACAAAGAAGUGCAGGCAUCGUUGAUGGUAGCCUGUCUGAAGAGACUGCUACCAGUUGGUCUGAAUUUGUUCGCUGGUCGUGAACAGGAACUGGUACAACAUUGCAAGGACAGAUUCUUGAAGAAGAUGCCGGAGUACGAGAUUGCUGAAUUCGCCAAGACCCAGUUAACACUGCCAGACAAGAUCGACCCAGCUGACGAAAUGUCCUGGCAGCAUUAUCUGUAUUCCAAGUUAGGUCAGAAGAAGGACUCGAUGGAACCAGUGAAAGCACAGCAGUUAGAGGAUGUCGUUGCAAGGAUCACCGACAUGGCUAAAGUUCUCUACGGUUUACACAUGAUAGAUCAUCCGCAACAGCAGAGCAAGGGUCAAUAUCGAUCCGUGGUAUCGAUACAACGUAAACGAGCCGUGAUUGCUUGUUUCCGUCAAACUUCCCUACAUUCCCUGCCCAGGCAUCGGGCUAUAAACAUCUUUGCACGAACGUACUACGAGCUCUGGUUGCAGGACGAGAAUGUUGGUCAAGAAGUGAUGAUUGAAGACCUUACGCAAUCAUUCGAAGACGCGGAAUUGAAGAAGAUGGACAAAGACGAGGACGAGAGUAAACCAGAUCCGCUCACGCAAUUGGUAACAACGUUCUGUCGCGGUGCCAUGACCGAACGGUCCGGUGCUCUUCAAGAAGAUCCAUUGUACAUGAGUUACGCCCGAAUUAUAUCAAAGUCUUGCGGAGAGGAAGAAGAAGAAGGCGAGGACGAAGGUGGAGGUGGCGAAGAAGAAGGAGGUGCCUCGAUCCACGAACAAGAAAUGGAGAAGCAAAAGCUUCUGUUCCAUCAAGCUCGUCUUGCGAACCGAGGGGUGGCUGAGAUGGUACUGCUUCAUAUAUCAGCCUGCAAAGGUCUACCCAGCGAGAUGGUGAUGAAGACCUUGGAAUUAGGGAUUUCCAUCUUGCGUGGUGGUAACAUUGAGAUUCAACGAGGAAUGCUGAACCACUUGAAGGAGAAGAAGGACGUGGGUUUCUUCACUUCCAUCGCCGGACUAAUGAACUCUUGCAGCGUGUUGGAUUUGGAUGCGUUUGAAAGGAACACGAAAGCGGAAGGUCUUGGAGUUGGUUCCGAGGGUGCUGCUGGAGAGAAGAACAUGCACGACGCAGAGUUCACCUGUGCAUUGUUCAGAUUCAUCCAACUUACAUGCGAGGGUCACAAUCUAGACUGGCAGAAUUAUCUUAGGACCCAAGCUGGUAACACAACAACAGUGAACGUGGUCAUCUGCACCGUCGAUUAUCUGUUACGACUUCAAGAAUCCAUCAUGGAUUUCUACUGGCACUACUCCAGCAAGGAACUCAUCGACCCAGCCGGAAAAGCGAAUUUUUUCAAAGCCAUAGGCGUUGCCAGUCAAGUCUUUAACACCCUUACUGAAGUUAUUCAAGGUCCUUGCGCACAGAAUCAACAGGCACUCGCACAUUCACGAUUAUGGGACGCAGUCGGUGGAUUCCUCUUCUUGUUCUCUCAUAUGCAAGACAAAUUAUCGAAACAUUCGAGCCAAGUGGACCUCCUGAAGGAACUGCUGAAUCUUCAGAAAGACAUGAUCACCAUGAUGCUUUCCAUGCUUGAAGGUAACGUUGUGAAUGGAACCAUUGGAAAACAGAUGGUGGACACUUUGGUGGAGUCUGCGGGCAACGUCGAGCUGAUCCUGAAGUAUUUCGACAUGUUCUUGAAGUUGAAGGACCUCGUGUCGUCGCCUAGUUUCUUGGAGGUGGAUCUGAACAGCGAUGGCUGGGUGUAUCCGAAGGAUUUCAAAGAGAAAAUGGAGCAACAGAAGAGUUACACCGACGAGGAGAUCGAGUUUCUGUUGGCUUGUUGCGAGACGAAUCACGACGGGAAGAUCGACUACGUUGCGUUCAUGGAUCGUUUCCACGAGCCAGCAAAAGAAAUCGGCUUCAAUCUUGCUGUUCUACUCACCAAUCUGUCUGAACACAUGCCGAAUGAACCCAGACUGGCUAGGUUCCUCGAGACAGCUGGCUCUGUACUGAACUACUUCGAACCGUUCCUUGGUAGGAUCGAGAUUCUCGGCGGAAACAAGAAGAUCGAGAGAGUGUACUUCGAGAUCAAAGAGUCCAACAUCGAACAAUGGGAAAAGCCUCAAAUCAAAGAAUCGAAGAGGACCUACUUCUACAACACUGUAGUGGAAGCUGGUGAGAAAGAAAAAUUGGAAACGUUCAUUAACUUCUGUGAAGAUGCCAUCUUUGAGAUGCAACACGCUAGUGCAUUGAUGGCUGUUGAAGAAAGCGGUGGAAUUGGAAAAGCGAGAGAAUCCUCUUACACGUACAUGUCAGAAGAUGAUGAAGAAAGGAACAAGGAUCCCAUCAGAAGAGGCAUUCAGACCUUCAAGGACAGUAUAUACUUCUUCUUCUCUAUAUUCUCUCCCAGCAACAUCAAGAACAAGAUCGCAGAGAUGCAACAGAUGACUUUCUUGGAACUUUUCAUUGGCUUUUUCAAAAUGAUAUUCUACUCUUUCUACUAUUCUGGAUUCGGUGUUGGUUGUGUGAUCAGCUACUUCAUGAGAUUGUUACUGGCAUUGAUGAAGGGACCACACGUGGAAGAGCCUGUCGUCGAGGUGAAGGAAGAGGAAGAGAAACCGUCCAGACAUUUACCUGCUUUACCACCAACACCGGAUGAAUCCAAUCUACAGGUACAAGCCUUCGGAAUGGAUAUAACGAAAGAAGAAGGAGGCCAGAUAAAAAUAGCACCUCACGAAUCUGCAACUUCGACACCCCAGUCGAGUAUAGAGGAAACUGGUGAGAGUACACCGGAAGAAGCAACUGGCGAGGACGGUACAAGGGCCGAAGGUGGCGGGGAAUCGGAAACACCAGUUUCUUUGGCCGAUUUAUUGGGUGGUGAACAAGCUAGAGCUCAAGCAGCAGCCGCAGCAGAAGCAGCAGCAGCUCAACAAGCAGCCAUGGCAGCAGUCGAAGCUGAAGCGAAACAGGAAACGAUAACGGAACCAUCCGGCUCUUCCAUCGACUUUUCCGAAUACACCCACCGAAUUGUAUCGUUCUUAGCUAGGAAUUUCUACAACUUGAAAUAUGUGGCUCUAGUUCUCGCUUUCUGUAUCAAUUUCAUGUUGCUGUUCUACAAGGUUUCUUCUUUGGCUGGCGAUGGGGACGAAGAGGGCAGUGGUGAAGCAAUAGCUGACAUAUUGGCAGACAUAUCUGGCGAAGGGCCAUCCGGUUCCGGGAAUGGUAGUGGCGUGGAAAUGGGAAGCGGUAGCGGAGAGAACGAGUCUGAAGAAAAGGAAGACGUAUACGCUUUGGAAUAUGUGGAAGUUGCAGAAGAUUUCUACUACAUGGCACACGUUAUGAGACUCAUGGCUGCUCUUCACUCGAUCGUCUCUCUUGCUAUGCUGGUCGCUUAUUAUCAUUUGAAGGUACCGUUGGCAAUCUUCAAACGGGAAAAGGAAAUCGCAAGAAGGGUAGAAUUCGAUGGACUCUACAUUGCUGAGACACCGGAAGAAGACGACAUCAAGGCUCAUUGGGACAAAAUGGUGAUAUCGGCGAAAACAUUCCCCGUUAAUUAUUGGGAUAAAUUCGUUAAGAAGAAAGUGAGACAGAAGUACAGCGAGACGUACGAUUUUGAUUACAUCAGUAAUUUGCUUGGCAUGGAGAAGACUUCGUUUAGUCAGCAAGAGGAAGAGGGUUCUGGUUUGAUACACUUUAUCGUAAACAUCGACUGGAGGUAUCAGGUUUGGAAAGCUGGGGUCACCAUCACUGAUAACGCAUUUUUGUACAGUUUAUGGUACUUCAUAUUCUCUAUCCUUGGAAAUUAUAACAACUUCUUCUUCGCUGCUCACUUGCUGGACGUCGCGGUUGGUUUCAAAACGCUGAGGACGAUCUUGCAAUCCGUCACACACAACGGCAAACAACUGGUGUUAACGGUAAUGUUGUUGACGAUCGUCGUGUACAUCUACACGGUGAUAGCCUUCAACUUCUUCAGGAAGUUUUACAUUCAAGAAGAGGAUGAUGAAGUGGACAAGAAGUGUCAUGAUAUGUUAACGUGCUUCGUGUUCCAUCUUUACAAAGGUGUCAGAGCUGGUGGUGGUAUCGGUGACGAAAUCGGUGAACCUGACGGUGAUGAUUACGAAGUCUAUCGUAUCAUGUUCGACAUCACAUUCUUCUUCUUCGUCAUCGUCAUUCUGCUGGCUAUUAUUCAGGGUUUGAUUAUCGACGCGUUCGGUGAACUUCGAGACCAGCUCGAGAACGUGAAAACAAAUAUGGAGAGCAAUUGUUUCAUCUGUGGUUUAGGAAAGGAAUACUUCGACACAGUUCCUCAUGGAUUUGAUACGCACGUUCAGCAAGAGCAUAAUCUUGCUAAUUAUAUGUUCUUCCUCAUGCACUUGAUCAACAAGCCGGACACCGAAUACACCGGUCAAGAAACGUACGUGUGGAACAUGUAUCAGCAAAGGUGUUGGGACUUCUUCCCGGUCGGUGAUUGUUUCCGCAAGCAGAACGAAGCGGUAGAGGAAGAGGCCAAGAAGAAAUAAAUCUUUUUCAUUCGUUUUACACGUACCUAGAUGACCAAUCGAUCAUUACCAAAGGGAUCCUUUCCCGAUACCUCUUCGAUAAUCGUAGCCUCCAAUUUCUACGCGCAAUGAGGAAUACGUUAAGAACGAUUCGACAAUUUUUGCAGAUUAAAUCGUUUAAGAAGUUACACUCUCGUUCGUCUGUCAAUAGAGAAAGGAAACUAGAGAACGCGUGUGUGUGUGUGUACCUUUUACAUUCGACGUUUAUUAUCAUUAUUAUUCCAAGUUUAAAGACGCGAGAUUUUUCACGACAAUGGAUCGCGCGAAUCGCACGCUUUCGGCUCGAAUACGAACGAGCAAACAAGCCGAGAGACUGGCGAAAUAUUUUUCCAACCUAUUUUUCCAACUUUUUAUGGAUGGCUGGAUAUCGUGUAACCGACUAUUUCCUCCUUUAGAUAGGAUCUAAUCGCAAACUGUUGUUAAUCGUCGACGAAGGGAACCGACUGCACAAAUCUACAUUAAUCAUAAACGUUACGAUUGCCUUCUUUUCAUACGUCGUGUGACCACAUUUGCGCGUAAAUUAUUUAACUGAUUAACGUAAUGUUUGAGAUAUGCAAGAUGUUAAAUAAGUUGAUGAUGUUUAAAGUUUAUAUGAAUCACGGAGUUCUCUACGAUUAGACGAGAACUUUUUAAUGAUCAUUGACGACUGAAAUCGCGAUAUAAUCAAACAUGUCAAUACAUUGUAAAUAACGAUUCUACGAGAUGAUUACCUGAGAAUAAAGAAAGACAUACUUCUUUA